GGCUGGGGCGGUGCCCCCUGGCGGCGCGGUUAAACCGGGUCCGGCUGCGGCGCGAUAGGUACGGAGCGGCGGCGGGAGGGGACGGACGAUAGGCUCGGCUCGGAGCCUCGGGUGCGGGGAGGGUCCGGGCUCGGACCCGGGCCCGGCGUGCCGCGGCCCCAGGUAGGCGGGUGCAAAAGCCAGGCGCGGAGCCCCGUGGUCCCGGCCCUAACGCGGCUCCUCCCGCCCUCCAGCAGCGCGCAGCCCCGGAGGCCUGCGGUGGGCAGUGGGCGCCGUGCUGCAGCCCCGCGGGCGCUGGUUCUGCUCCUUGCCCGCCGGCGGAGAGCGGGAAUGGAGUCCCCGCACCCGCAGAGCUGCGGCUUCCCCGCGGAGCUGCCGGAGGCGGCGGCGGGCGGGUGCCCGAGCCUCUGCGGCGGCGGCGGCAGCAUCUCGCUGCGGACGGUGGCGGCGGCGGUGCAGGCGGUGGAGCAGAGCGUGGACGCUCACGCCUCGCGUCUGCUGAGCCUGGAGCGCCGGGCGGCCGCCACCGAGAAGAACCACUUGGAACGCGGGAAAAUGGUGGUGGAUUUUGGGAACCAGCUGGAGAGCAAAUGCGCGGUGCUGAACACCCUCAUCCAGGAGUAUGGGCAGCUCCAGCGGCGCCUGGAGAGCAUCGAGAACCUCCUAAAGAGUGGGAACUUCUGGAUCCUGCAGCUGCCCCCCGGGGCCACGGUCACCAAGGCCCCGACGGUGGUGUUCCAAAGCGAAACCACGUGCUUUUCUGCUCAGGAGUGGUCAAACCUGGAGGAGCAGCAGAGGGAGCUGCACAUAAACGAGCUGAGGGGGAAGAAUGACCCUCAGAUCUGUCUGAACUAUACAAUCUCCAAACAUGACCUCCUGUCCCAGCUCCAGAGAGGGGAAGCGUCCUGCAAUGGGGAUGAGGCGGCUUCAAAAGAGGUUCCAGCAGAGCUAAGUGCAGCAGAGGCUCUGCUGUUUAAACUUCAUUUGAGCAGCCAGGACGGCAGUGAAGGAGCAGAGGAAGGCCUGGAGGGAAGAGCAGUGCUGGCUGAGCCUGGACCUGCAGACUGUGGUAUUCCAGAGCCGAGCUUUGCAGGUGUUGUGAAGCAGGAGGAAGAGCGGUGUAUGGAGGAGCAGGGAACCAUGAAGGAUGUGGAGUUUACUGAGCCCAGUGUGGUUCCAGCAGAUGAGGCGAUGACGUUCAAAGUAGAGCAGCUGGACUCAGAGGAAUGCUCCCAAAGCUCCGAGCCCCCUGUGGCUUUAACCGAGGAGCCAGAGGAGCUGCUUUCCCAGGGUCCCAGCGAGGUGCUGCCCUUUGAUAGUCAGUACAGCUCUCCUGUAGAGCAGGAAGACCAGAGCGUGAGCAGCCUGGUGCCAUCCACCCCAGAGGAAGAGGGUCUCAGUGAAAGCAGCACUGUCAACUUCCAUGGGCAAAACUGUCCCGGCAAGAGACCUUACUCGUGUACUGCAUGUGGGAAGGGCUUCUGUCUCAAGAAGAUGCUGACGACUGACCAGGAGAGCCACAGCACAGAGGACAGCAGUGAGCACUCUGGUAGCGAGGAGGACUUCCCGUACCAGCAGACCCACUUGGAAGAAGGCAGGACCCACGUGGCCACGGAGAGGUUCAAGCAGAACCAGAAUGCCAAAGCCCGCACCAGCGUCCCAACCACGGACAAGGUAUCCAGCAGUCCCAGGUGCCUGAAAAGCAUCGACACCAACGCUAACUGCAAGCCAAGUCCGAGCGCCCACCCGCGAGGGAGGCCCUACAAGUGUGAUAAGUGUGAGGAGUGGUUCUCCCAGAAGAAAACUCUCGGCAUCCACCAGCGUAUGCACGCGGGCCGGAGCAGAAAGAUCCCUUGGUGCUCGUACUGUGGGAAGAUCUUCAGCCGCUCCUCCAGUCUGGACCGGCAUCGGAGGAUCCACACGGGUGAGAGGCCAUACGCAUGCAAUGAGUGCCCAAAGCGCUUCAUCCAGAAGCAGCACCUCGUCCAGCAUGAGAAGACCCACCUGCAAAAGAGGGGCUCUGUGCCUGGCACGAGGAAGGGAUCCCGAUCGCUCACGGCUCAUGGAGUAUCCCCGAUCCCUCUCGCCUUGGCGGUGCCCCGCGCCGCACCUAGACCUCCCGCCGGGGGGCGCCGCAGUGCUCAUGGCGGGGCGGCGGCAGGGGGCGCUGCGGGGCCGGCCGCGGAAGUGGCAGCGGCCGGUGCUGGCGGUGUCGGCGGGGCUGCCAUGGCCGGUCCGCGGGCUGUGCGAGCGGAGGCGCAGGCGGUGGCGGCGCGGCUGCUCCGCGUGGAGGCCCGCCUGGCGCGGGCCGAGCGGCAGCUGCGGGCCGCGCUGGCCCUGAGCGGCCGCCUCCAGGCGCUGGAACGGCGGCUGGAGACCGGCGGCGGCUGCGGCGGCGGCUGCGGCGGGGCCCCUCAGGUGUCGGUGAGGCGCGGGGCGGCCGGCGGCGGCCAGCGGGCAGCGCGGCCCCGGGCAGCGCAGGGCCCGGUGAGCCUGGAGGACGUGUGGCUGCAGUUCAGCGAGCAGGAGUGGCGGGCGCUGCGCGGCUGGCAGCGGGCCCUGCACCAGGCCAUCAUGCGGAGCAACUAUCACAUGCUGCUCUCCUUCGAGCCGGAUGCUCCCAGAUGUGAUGCCCAGGCCCGGUUGGAAGAUGGGAUCCAGAGCUGCGAGGGUGAGGAUGAGGAUGAGGAUGAGAGAGAUGAUCCUGCGGAGAGCGAAGACAGCAUAAUCCAUAUUAAGCAAGAGGAAGAGUUGGCCUCUGCAGAUCAGCAGGAAGGGGAGGCUGGAGAAGCUCCUGAAGAGCCGUGCCCGGAGCAAGCGUUUUACGAGCCUGAGGCUUCAAAUCAGCCCAAAAAAGGCAACGAGGUGCAUGCCAGGGAGCUGCCAGCUGUGGAGGGUGAGGACCUCCCAGAAGACCCUGAUGCAGGAUUUCAGACUUAUGCAACUGAUGUUUCAUCGUGGAUUAAACAAGAAGAGGAGCCACGCUGCCCUGAACGACAAGACUUGGAGAAAGAAGAAGUCUCUGCAGAUCCAAGCACAGUGCAUGAUGAAAACACAAAGAGGGACCCUGCAGUGGAUUGCUUUGAAAGCACAGCACGUGACUCAGAGGUGCCAGGAAGACCUGGAGAGCAGUUUUCCAAGGAUCCUAGCCCCGGAGUGCUGUGGGACAGUCAGUGGAAUUCAGAAAUGAUGGAAACAAACACCACUGGGAACAGUCUUGGGGAUGACACUCGGCAUGCCCGAGGGUUUGGUGAGCACUUGGAUUUCUUCAGCGCUCAGGAAAACAGCGUCAGAAUGGGACCAUGCACAUACACCAAACAGGAGAGAAACUCCACCCAGCAGGAACAUCUCCAGGCUCCCCAGGGAGCCCGAGAAGGAGAGGUGUCUCCAGACCCCACAUGUGAGAGGAGUCUCAAUGAAAGGGCAUUCUGUCUGCUGCACUCGCAGCCAUGUGCUGCAGGUGAGAAAGGAACCGGGCAAGAGCCCGCUUCUGCCUCCUAUCAGGGGCUGCCCAUGGGGCCACAUCUUAUCACCCGCCCCGACUGUGGACAGAACCCUAUGGGUGAACCUGGGCUUCAUGAGCACCACGGGCUGGGUGGAGAGGAGCAGCCGCCAGCAGAAAGCAAAGAGAAUUUCCCUGCGGAAAACCCUUUGGCCAGCCCCUGCUGGGAUCAUCCGCAGGACAAGGCGGAGGCCUGCAGCAGGUGCCAGCAGCACUUGGCACCCCGGGGCAGCCCCACGGGACAGCAGCAGGGCCAAGGCAGGGGCAAGUCCUACAUUUGCAGCGACUGUGGGAAAAGCUUUGUGUGCCAUUCGUGGCUUGUUAGGCACCAGAUGACCCACACAGGAGAGAGGCCAUACAAGUGCUCCAAGUGUGACAAAAGCUACCGGAGAAAGGAUUACCUUCUAAACCACCUGCGCCGGCACUCGGGAGAGAGGCUCUUCCAGUGCUCCCUCUGCAGGAAGAGAUUUGUGCUCAGGAGGAGUUUAUUGAAGCAUCAGGAAAGUCACCUGCAAGAAACACACCUGACGCUGGCCAGUUGGCCCUGCACGGAGAUCAGAGGGGCUGUAAUGCACUCCAUAUAGAAAAUCCUGCCCAGCUGGGGGGGUUUGCAGCACCUUCGGCUGUCACCUUUGCUGGGCAGGGCCAUGGCGAGAUCCCCCUGCUCUGCUGGGCCAUGGCAGGAGGAGGCGGCUGUGGAACAGCCAUCCUGAGCCCCCUCCCAGGCAAAGGAAGAAAGUUGGGGAUUAUUUUCCACAGAUGGCGUUGAAAUGGUCUGUGGAGCUGGUUCACCGCCUUCACCAAUGCCUGUUGCUGCUGGGCACGUUUUGGAGCUGUGCUGGAAGUCUGUGAUGCUGAGAGUUACUGCUAGCUGUGAGUCCACGCCAGAGAGAAAGCUCAUUGGCAAAGGAAACAUGUUGUAGCAGUUCAGGCUCGAGAAAGCCUGCAGUGUUAUCCCUAGGCUGCGGAGAGUCCGGAGUCAGGGACUGGGCUGGAAAUGAGUUGAAGUUGCUAACACUAACUUUCCAAGUGGAACAGUGUCAGGAAAGACCUACUUUUGUGAAAUGCUUUGAGAAAGGAAGUGCUGACUUUCUGGCUCUUUGGAAGAAGCCUCUUAGCGGCAACUGGACAGAGGGGCGCAGAGCCCAUGAGGCAGCUUGUUCCUGCAGUUAAAUGAUGGAGCUCACGGGGCUCCGUGCUGCUGAACCCCAACUGCGGAUUCCUGAAGGCUGAGAUCCUCACCUGGAAUAGAGUUUUGAUUUUGCAUAGCCUUAAAGUUGUGUGGUACUUGCUUUCCCUCCUUGUUGCAGGUCUUGCGUGUGUGUUCAGUUUGCCAAAUCCUGUGAAAACAGACCACGUAGAUGCUCGUUAAACAUUCUCCUACAGAAAAAUGUACUUUUGCUCAUAUUUGGCACCUGUUAACAGGGCUGUGAGCCUCUGACAUGCCAUGGCACUGCAAGGACAUGAUUAAUUCUUUUCCAUGAUCCAAGCCUGGAUGUACCAUCUGUCACCGUGUCGAUGGUGUCAGAAGGCAAACGCAGAAGCAGCAGCACUGGCUGGGUUGGGAAGAGCAUGUUUUGGUUCAGGGCUCCAUCGCUGCCAGACAAACUUUGUUAAACAGCCUUUUUUACGUGCGCGUUUCUGCUGCGGUUCUGUCAGGGUGGGUUUGCGUCAGCGGGAAAUGUCACGGGUUUUUAAAUUAAAAUUGGUAGAGAAAU